CACAUAGCGUCUGGCCUCUACUACCUCUCCGAGCUCGUCGAGGAGCACACCGUCCUCGCGAAGAAGCUGCUCAACAAGAUGAUCUACGUCGUCAUCGCGAUCCAAACCAUCCUCCUCCUCGUCGACCGCUUCCCCUUCCUGCUCAGCAUCUUCAGCAUCGCCUCGCACGUCGUCUACGCGCAGAACCUCCGCCGCUUCCCCGUCGUCAAGCUGACCGAUCCCAUCUUCCUCGUCUCGUGUGCCCUCGUCCUAACAAACCACUACCUCUGGUUCCGCCACUUCUCCGCCCCGCCCUCGCGCCCGCCCCCGGCCUACCCAGGCUACUACACCGGCGGCCGCGACUACACCAUCCCGACCUUCACCGAGAUUGCGUCCUAUUUCGGGCUGUGCGUCUGGCUUGUGCCCUUUGCGCUCUUCGUCUCGCUGUCCGCCGGGGAGAAUGUGUUGCCGUCGAUGGGGUCCGAGUAUGCGACUGGGGUGGGCAGCUCGUUUGCUAGUGCGGGGCAGGAGCCCGUGGGACUGGACGCGGCGGAGAGGAAGAAGAGAGUGGGUUUGAAGGGGAAUGGGAGUGGGAAUGCGGGGAUGGCGAAGGCGGUGGUGAAUGGGGUUAGGGAGUGGGUUGGGGAGACGGGGGAGGCGUUUGGGCUGUGGAAGGGGGAGCGGACGAGGCCGUUUUGA